AUGCCCAACAUCCCUUCGCAUCUCCGCCUCGAAGAAACGUCGGAGCAUGGGCUGAGUGGAAGAAUCGCAAUGGCCGGAACCCAGAUGCAGUUGGAAGAUUGGCUGGACGAUCUUUGCGUCCGCUUCAUCAUCAACCUUCCCCAGGAAGACUUGUCGUCGGUCGCCCGAAUAUGCUUCCAGGUCGAGGAAGCUCAAUGGUUCUACGAAGACUUCAUCCGCCCGCUUGAUCCAACUCUACCAUCUAUGUCCCUGCGGAUAUUUUGCCUGCGAAUCUUCCAGCAUUGUCCGCUAUUGGCUUCUUUCUCCGCCGAACACCACACCAAGGCGUUCGAAGAGUUUCUGCAGUACAAAACGCGAGUCCCCGUCCGCGGCGCCAUCAUGCUUAACCAGGCAAUGGACUCCGUCGUGUUGGUCAAGGGCUGGAAAAAGGGCGCCAGCUGGAGCUUCCCCCGAGGAAAGAUCAACAAGGACGAGGAUGACCUGGACUGCGCUAUCCGAGAGGUCUACGAAGAAACUGGCCUGGACUUACGCGCCGCAGGACUGGCUCCAACCGAGAAAAGGCCAAAGUAUAUCGAGAUCUCCAUGAGAGAGCAGCAACUUCGCCUCUACGUCUUCCGUGACAUUCCGAUGGCUACUGACUUCCAGCCUCGAACACGCAAGGAGAUCAGCAAAAUCCAGUGGUACAAGCUUUCUGACCUCCCGACAUUUCGCAAGAGAGGCGACAAGAGCGCUCAAAACCGCAACGACGCUGGGGCCGGAGGCGGCGGCAGCAAAUUCUACAUGGUUGCGCCGUUCUUGGCCCCGAGUUCCGGGGAUGCUACGUGGGCACCAGGGAGUGUCCCCAACCACUUUCCAGCGAUGGAGGACUUCAACGGAGCCAAGCAACGCGUUGAGCGCUUGUUUGGGACGCAGCCUCAUAUUCAGGGCCUGGAGGCUCCUCCUCACGAAGACAAGGGCAGUGCUCUUCUCUCCAUCUUGCAAGCUGGUGGUCAACGGGGAGGAACCAGUCAUCAUGUUACCCCAAAUUUGUCUCCGCAUGUAUCACUUCCCCAGGCCUCAUCGGAGCUUGUCGGAUCCGGCGCCAAUGUUCCCAGCGACAAUCACCGAUCAGCCUUACUGGGGAUGUUUAAGAAGGCCGAAGCCGCCCCGUUAGAGAAGGUGCGAAGAUGGAGGCGAUGCUAUCUCAAAAUCUUCGUGAUCGGGUUCCAGAAGCUCGAGCAUUCUCUCUGGAUCAAGUCUUUGCGCGAACCAGGUUGGCGCAGCAUGGCGCGCCGGAUGGUCAAGGCUGGGAGAAUAUGGCACCGCCUCAACAAGUCUCGGGCCAGGCACCGCUGCAGCCGACUCGCAUUCUUCAGCGGGGGCAGACGUUUGGCGAUGAUGGACACAUUUUAUCUCCAGUAUCGUCGCAUGGCGAGCAAGCUCAAGCGGGCCCCGGACAGGCCGGCAGUUCCCACGCGAGCACGAUGA